UGACCAGUCACAUGAUCAUGACAUCAUCACAGGUCCUGCAUCAUCCAGCUUCUCAUCGCUGCUGUGUUUGUUGUGACACAGAGGUGCAGGCAGCCCGAGGAUCCCUGUGUGCGGCUGUCAGCAGGCCUCCCCGUGCCGUGUAGACAAUAGAAGCAAAUAAUCUGGACUCGAGGAACUCCCUAUGUCACAGGCAGAAUAGGUAUUGAGAUGGAAGCAGAAAUGGAACCACCUUGUGGAAGGAGUUUCAUGCAGGUGCUGUGUGAGAAGUACAGCCCAGAAAACUUCCCCUACAGGAGGGGCCCGGGUGCUGGAGUGCAUGUUCCCCCAGGGCCACAGGUAUCACCUAUGAAAGAUCGCUUGAACCUUCCAAGUAUACUGGUCUUGAACAGCUGUGGUAUCAGCCAUGCUGGGCAUGAGCGUGAGAUUGCUGCAUUUUGUUCCCACGUUUCUGAACUGGACCUGUCUGGGAACAAGCUGGACAACUGGCAGGAAGUCAGUAAAAUUGUGUCCAGUGUGCCUCAGUUGGAGUUCUUGAAUCUCAGCUCUAACCCUCUGCACACAUCUGUCUUGGAAAGGGAAUGUGCUAGGACAUUUUCUGCUAUUCGUAAGCUGGUUCUCAAUAAUUGUAAAGUUUCCUGGGAGACAGUCCACAAGUUGCUGUUGGAAUUACCAAACUUGGAGGAGCUCUUCUUGUGCCUUAAUGACUAUGACACCGUAGUGAGUUCUCCAGUUUGUUUCCGUUCCCUAAAUCUUCUUCAUAUAACGGACAAUAAUCUUCAGGAUUGGUCGGAUAUCUGUAAAUUAGGCACAAUGUUUCCAUGUCUCCAUACUCUUGUCCUUGCAAAUAACAACAUUUUGACUAUUGAAGACACAGAUGGAUCACUAUCACGGUUGUUUCCAAAUCUCCGCUUAAUAAGUCUUCAUAAAUCUGGUUUAAAUUCAUGGGAAGACAUUGAGAAACUAAAUACUUUACCUAUGCUUGAAGAAGUCAGAUUAUUAGGUAUACCUCUUGUGGAGCCUUACAGCACAGAAGAACGUAGAAAAUUACUUAUUGCAAGAUUGCCGUCUGUUUCCAAACUGAAUGGCAGUGUUGUCACAGAAGGUGAAAGAGAAGACUCAGAGAGAUUCUUCGUCCGUUACUAUAUGAAUGUCCCAAAGGAAGAAGUUCCAUUACGAUACCAAGAGCUAGUUAGGAAGUACGGUAAGCUGGAGCCACUGGCUGAAGUGGACCUACGACCUCAGAAUCAAGCUAGCGUUGACAUUCACUAUGAGGAGAAAGUCCAGAAGAUAAGUGUCCGACUUGACCAGACCGUGGCUGAAUUCAAGAAGCAACUGAAGACUGUCGUACAGUUAUCCACAAACAACAUGCGAAUUUAUUACCUGGACCACGAGGCUCCUUUUGGGAUUGAAGAGAUGAAAUUCAGCACACGGGCUUUACAUUCAUAUAACGUCCGCGAUGGAGUGAAAUUUUAUGUGGAACCAAAAAUCAAAUGACCGUAAAUAAUUUAUGUACAGCUAUAGCUAUAUAUGUGAUCUAUGUACAGAUUUUUUAUUGUUUGUCUUUUUAUCAUUUUAUUUCAUUAUUCCCCAUUAUGCCUGCACAGCUUUGCACUGGAGCCCUUGUAUUCAUGUUUGGGUUAAGAGGUUUAUGUAUGUAAAGUUUAAUUCUUGGAAACGGGAAAGAGACAUGCUUUUAUUCCUAAUAACUUUAAAGAUCAAUGCUUGCUAUCAGUGAAUGGAAAUAUUCUUUACGUACAAUGGCUGAAAUGUGCCCUGUUCUUGUACUGCAUACACAACAGCGGCAUGGCUAAAUAAAUUAAAUGUAAUGAAUUGUGCAUCCCUGUCAGCUGGACAUUAUCAGGGAAGUUUUUUAUUCACAGACAGUAAGCACAGAUUUUUAAGGAACCUAGCAUGUUAAAAAGUUUUAAAACUUAAUAUUCACUUUAGUUACAAAAGACCAUAAGACCCCUUUAAGUAGCCAAAUCCAAAGCACUAAGUAGACACAGGGUUGUCACCAGUUUUUCAUUACAUUUAAUUCAGUAAGAAAAUAUACUGGGAAAUUUGAAAUCAACCUUAUAAAAUCAAUUUUUAAGGUUGUAAGUGUCUAUACCUACCUUUUGAGUGGGUAGUGGAUAUACUGUAUACUGUAACAGUGACAGACCUGUACAGUGCCUGCAGUGUGCAUGAGCACCCAUAUUGUUAUAGCUAUAUUUGUUAUUGUUAGAUUUGUUUGUUUGUUUUGCUUUGUGUUGAAUGAAGAUAUUUUUGUUGUAAAGACUUUGAACACACAGCCAUUAGGCCAGAAGUGAGGAUUAUACAACUGAUCUGUGAAUGUUACCAGUAAUGUAACUUGCAAAAACCCCAACUAGAUAUUCUAUGGUGAUAAACAUUUUAGUUUUUGUACCCUAAAUAGCAUUAUAUUGUUUAUCUGCAUAGAUUGCACCAGUAGAACCACCACAAAUCAGUCAGGUUAAGAGUAGUUCCAGAUGCAGCACCUAUAAAAACCUGAUGGUGGUCUAUGUUUAAUUUCGUCAAACAGCACAAGGUUUGCUGUCAUAUUACAGACCCUAAAAUGGUCUAGGGAAAAUUGGCUACAGUUUUUUUUUUCUUUCUGUUAAAACAUUCACAAGUGUUUAUUUUUAAUCUUUUUUAAGGUGCUCCUCCACGUAAACAGCGGAAAUAGUGUCCAUGCCAGUGUGGCUUGUCAAACAAUCCUGAAGUUCCUUUAGCUUGUCUUUAAGUUCCCAGGGUCCUUGUGGUCAGCCUUACAAUUCACUUAUUGCAAAAAAAAAUAAAAAAUUAGCUUACAGUCAGUAAAUAGGAUAUAAAUCGGUCCUGUUCAUGUGAUGAAUCAUGUAGGCAUUCAGUUUUGUUAUGAGAGACAUCUCUGAUAACUGUACUGUAAGGUUCACACUGAGCAGUUAUGUGGCAGAUUUUCCUUUUGUGGAUUAGUGUGUGGGAAAUUGGCAGCAUAUUAAGGUAGCUAAGUGGAUGGAUAUUUAGAAAUGUCAUUCAUAUGCUGCAGAAAAAAAAAAAAUCUACAAUAAAACCAUGUGUAAAGUGACCUGCAAUGCAGAUUUCAAACCCUCAGCAUGUGAAUUUAUGAUGCACAUAUGCUGUGGAGUUAUUGCCCCAUUUACUGGGGAAUUAAAGGGGUACUCUGGUGGAAAACAUUAUUAUUAUUUUUUUUUUAAUCAACUGAGUUAAACAGAUUUAUAAAUCACUUCUAUUUUAAAAUCUUAAUCCUUCCAGUAUUUAUCAGCUGCUGUAUGCUCCACAGGAAGUUCUUUUCUUUUUUAAUUUCUUUCCUCUCUGACCACAGUGCUCUGCUGACACCUCUGUCCAUGUUAGGAACUGUCCGGAGCAGGAGCAAAUCCCCAUAGCAAACCUCUCCUGCUCUGGACAGUUCCUAAAAUGGACAGAGGUGUCAGCAGAGAGCACUGUGAUUUAAAAUAAUUGUCUUCCACCGGAGUACCCCUUUAAAUAUCCUCGAUCCACAAUUAUUGCAGACUUUACUGUAAAACCGCUGCAGAUCCACAGCAAAAUCCACAACCACAGAUUUGAAUUAUAUAGAUUUUUAUACUUGAAUAUAUUUUACUCCCAAAUCUGAAGCAGCAAUUCUGCAACAAAUCCAUAAGAUUUUGUGCAGAUUUUUGCUGCUGCACAUUAAGCUGUAGAAAUGCUGCAGAAGAUCUGCAGCAUAACCAUCCCAUGCAGCCUUCCCAUAAUGACCCAAGCACCAGUGUGUCGUGUGUCUAUCACAUGAUUAGGACUGCAUUUUAUCCACUGGAAAUAAGCAGUAAAGCUUCCAAGUGAAUGACCACAAGGAGACAUCUUGUGAAGAAUUGAUACAGAAAGUACUGUAUAUUUGAAAAUUAAGUUUUCCUUAAGUUCCCGGGGUCCUAGUGGUUAAUAUAUACAUUUCACAUUAAGUAUUUUAAUAUAAAUAAUAUUUAUUUACAAUUUUCCUUUACCUAUAAUGGUCUGUGGUUAUACUGUAUAGCCAGCAAUGUUAUUAUGUAUUUAUGCUGAUUCAUCUAAUUUUUAAGAACUAAUUUUAGACUCUUGUUUUUCCUUGCAGUCAUUUUUAUGUUGUUUCUUUCCACCUGCCUUAUGCGAUAUACUCACAUACACCCCUCUAGGAAAAGUUCUUUCACUGACCUUUUUAUCCUUUUGAAAGUACAGUAUCUAGCUUAAUAUUGCCUGAAUCCCCAAGAACUCUUCUCAACCUAUAGUCACCCUUCUUCGCUUUCUUGCUGGCAGAGAAUCUUUAUCAAGUUUUAAUUAAACUCCCAUUGAGUUACCUCUG